GCUUCAACGGUAGUCCAAUUUCCAAUCUCCUCCUCCUUCUUCGUCCUUCAACUUCGACACUGAGAAACCGAUCGCUUCUGCUCGCGCGUCGACUCACGAGUUCGCAUUAACGAUCCAGAUUGCAGUUACCGCUGCAGGCUCAGGCCGUUUCCAAACCCUAGCCAUCCACCGUCUCCGUUCCUCCCGUCCGAUUCCGGCGAAACCUCCGACUGCUCGAUCCGAAUCGGAACCCCGCGCCCGAUCCGGUCGGCCCGAUCUCCGUUCACCGGAGCCGCCGCGCCCCGGUUCUCGGCGUCGCCGGAGAUCUCCGCCGGCGUCGAUCUUCUUUUCUUCUUUUCAACUCCUGCGGUCCAAUUCAAAGGACCGACCGCCGCUGCGAUAGCGGGAUAGGCAGGAGACGAUGAUGCAUAGCAAGGGAUCGAGCCAUCGGCUGUCGGGGAUGGUGUCUCGGUCGCGGAUUUCGGGCCUGAUGCUGUCGAUGUUCGCCACGUUCGCUUCCUUAUACGUCGCCGGCCGGCUAUGGCAGGACUCGCAGAGCAGGGUUGACUUGAUCAAGGAGCUUGAUAGGAUAACUGGACAGGGGCAAUCUGCUAUAUCAGUGGAUGACACAUUGAAGAUUAUCAACUGCAGGGAGCAACACAAGAAACUAGCAGCCCUAGAUAUGGAGUUGGCUGCAGCUAAAAAAGAGGGUUUCAUCUCUAAGAACUCGGUGGAUGAUUCUAAGAAAAGACCCUUGCUUGUGGUAGGAAUUUUUACAAGAUUUGGCCGCAAGAACAACAGAGAUGCAAUUCGGAAGGCAUGGAUGGGAAGUGGUACUGCCCUAAAAACAUUGGAGGAUGAGAAAGGCGUCAUUGUUCGUUUUGUUAUUGGAAGAAGUGCAAAUAAGGGAGACAGCUUGGAUGGGGCAAUCGACAGUGAAAACAGGCAGACUAAUGACUUCAUCAUUCUUGAUGAUCAUGUUGAGGCACCUGAGGAGACUCCAAAGAAGGCAAAAUUGUUCUUUGCUCAUGCUGCUGAAACAUGGGACGCUGAGUUCUAUGCUAAAGUGAAGGAUGAUGUCUAUGUAAAUAUUGAUGCCUUGUUGACUGCACUUACGGCUCACUUGGACAAGCCUCGUGUUUAUAUGGGGUGCAUGAAGUCAGGCGAAGUAUUCUCUGAGCAGGGUCAUCAAUGGUAUGAACCAGACUGGUGGAAAUUUGGUGAUAAAAAAUCAUACUUUCGCCAUGCUUCAGGGGAGUUGUUUGUCAUAUCACGAGCUUUGGCAAAAUUUGUAUCGAUAAAUAGAUCCAUUCUUCGUGCAUAUGCACAUGAUGAUGUGAGCGUUGGGUCCUGGUUUAUUGGGCUUGAUGUCAUGCAUAUAGAUGAAGCAAAGUUUUGCUGCUCAUCUUGGUCAGCAGGAGCAAUCUGUGCAGGUGCUUGAUGCAUCACUUACGACACCGGGGUUAUCCUGCACACAAGGCCCGUCGAUUCUUUCAAGAGUUCUUUGCAUAUAGAAAUCUGCAACUCUUUUAGGUUAACUGGUGGAGGUGAUGUGUGGAACUGGAGAUUUGGCAGCCCUCCUUUUUGACUUCAGCAUAUUAGCUGGUUGCUGAAGAAGGCUUCGAAAGAUGAAUACCUGGAGGCCAAAAUAGUUCCCGUGCUGGAUGCAGAACGACAUUCUUUGAGUUAAGCGUCUAGCAAAUGGGUCAUUAUUCUUUCAUUUAUAGUGACAGACGAGAUUCAGCCCCAUUUAAUGGUGUGGAUGUGCUAUUGAGAGAUUGUACUAUGAUUGGCGGCUUAUUCUCUUUAAUUAAAGGGAGUUCGUGAUACUCA